AUGUAGGAUGGAUCCACAUUAGAUAUUGUGAAUCAAAAAUAUGCAUCAAUAUCCCCUUUAGCGGAAAGAUUAUUUAAUAUAAAAGGUAUAAAUAGAGUUUUUUAUGCGAAAGAUUAUAUAUCUAUUUCUAAAACCGAAGAAUCUUAAUGGGAUAACUUAAAAGAAGAAGUUAUAAAAUUAAUAAAAUAGCAUUUUGAAGAAAAGAAAGAGCCACUAUUACUAGAUUCAUAACCAAAUUCAGAUACUAUCAAAGAAGAAGAUUCUGAAGUUGUAUAAAUGAUAAAAGAAAUCAUUGAUACAAGAAUAAGACCUAUGGUAUAAGAUGAUGGAGGCGAUAUCAUUUUUAAGAGAUUCAAUGAAGAUUCAGGAAUAGUAAUUUUAAGUAUGAUGGGAUCAUGUAGUGGAUGUCCUAGUUCAUAAGUUACAUUAAAAAAUGGAAUCGAAAAAAUGAUUAUGCACUAUGUACCGGAAGUCUCAGGUGUUGAAAGUGAAGAUUUUGGUGAAUAAAAUUGA